UUAGACAAAGGUGCCUUUCGCCCGCUCUUCGAUGUUCCCGAUGCGAUGCGCACCACGCCGCUUUCAGUGAUUCGCUGAUCCCUCGUGCCGCGCAGAAGCACCCGACAAACGCAAGUCACCACAGGGAUCGGAGCAAUGGAGGUUCGCGCCCGCGCGCCCGGCAAGAUCAUCCUCGCCGGCGAGCACGCCGUCGUCCACGGCUCCGCAGCCGUCGCCGCCGCCAUCGACCUCUACACCAGCUCCUCCCUCCACCUCCUCCCCGCAGGAGAGGGCGGCGGCUCCGGCGGCGGCGCGGUAGAGCUGGACCUGCUGGACUCGGGCCUCACCUUCUCGUGGCCGUGCUCGCACCUCCGCGGGGCGCUCGGGGAGUGUUGCAAGGCGGAGGCGCCGAGGCCGUGCACCCCCGACGAGCUGGCCACCAUUGCCAAACUCUUGGAGGAGCACGAGAUCCCCGAGGCCAAGAUCUGGCUCUCCGCCGGCCUCUCCGCCUUCCUCUACCUCUACGCCUCCAUCUUGGGGUGCAGAACGGCGAAGGUGGUGGUGAGCUCGGACCUGCCGAUGGGUGCGGGGCUCGGCUCGUCAGCGGCUUUCUGUGUGUCGAUAUCAGGGGCGCUGUUGACGGCCGCUGGCAUGGUCGGUGCUGGAGGAGGCAGCAGGGGCGAGGGGUGGGAGUUGUUUGAGAAGGAUGAUCUUGAGCUGGUUAACCGGUGGGCGUUCCAAGGGGAGAAGAUCAUUCAUGGCAAACCUUCCGGCAUCGACAAUUCCAUCAGCACUUUUGGAAGCAUGAUCAGAUUCAAGAAGGGGGAUUUGACAAACCUUAAAUCUUGGAACCCAGUCAAAAUGCUCAUAACUGAUACAAGAGUUGGUAGGAACACAAAGGCCCUGGUUGCUGGUGUAUCUGAAAGAGCAUCUAGGCAUCCAGAUGUUAUGUCUUCCGUCUUCCAUGCAGUGAACUCUAUUAGUGAAGAGCUUUCAAGCAUUGUUGAGUUAGCAGCCGAGGAUGAAAUAGCCAUCACCUCGAAGGAGGAAAAGCUAGCAGAGCUUAUGGAGAUGAACCAAGGUUUGCUUCAGUGCAUGGGAGUAAGCCAUGCUUCUAUAGAAACUGUGCUACGAACAACUCUGAAAUAUAACUUGGUCUCGAAGCUAACUGGAGCUGGUGGUGGAGGCUGUGUUUUGACUCUGAUACCAACUUUAUUAUCCAAAUUAGUUCUGGAGAAAGUCACUGCAGAACUCGAAUCACAUGGUUUUCGCUGCUUUAAAGUCGAGGUGGGUGGACCAGGCCUCCAAGUUUGCCGAGGAUAAAGCCCCUAUUUCAACGAGAUGUUGUAUCAUACUGCUAGAAAAUGGAUUAACCGCACUAAAGUUACAUUCACUGCUUGAACUGUUUCAGGAUUACGGUAUUCUUAUGCUAUCCGUAGCACAUUCUUGUGUCGAAUAAGCUUUCAGUUGCAUGAUUGCUGGUGUGAUUGUUGUAUCUAAUAAACUUAAGUAAUUGUUGUUA